AUGGAGUCCGCUCUCGAACCGCCCGCCGGCACGACGCCUGAUUUUGACGGGCUGUACAAGGUACCACCUGCGCAAAUUGGAAUCAGAGUGGUCUGCUUAUUUCUUUGCGCCGUUUCUAUUGCAGUACGAUGGUAUGUGCGACUGGUCAUCGUAAGGCAGCUAGACUCAAGUGAUGCUGCUCUUCUACUUUCAGGGUAUGCCAACAUCCUCGAAAUCGUAUACGGUCCGACUAUGUUCUUUGCGAAGUACGCCGUUCUGCGACAAAUCGAAGCAAUUUUCUUCACGCAUCGUCGAGAUAGCUUUGCUUUCAAGUUCGUUUGGACACUUAUAUGGGCAAAUCUCAUGUUUUACGUCGCUAUUAUGAUUUCGUUCAUAUUUGCUUGCAUGCUGCGAGAGAAAAUUAAGAACCCGGAGUUGCCAGGUCGCUGUAUCGACUCAAACAGCAGCAUCAUUGCCACGGGUGCAAUUAACGUAGUUUCCGACAUUACGAUACUUAUAAUACCAUUAAUCUCCGUCUACCGGCUGCAGAUGCCUUUGAAAACGAAGAUUGGAGUGGCAGGAGUCUUUGCUGUCGGUAUAUUCGCAUGCAUUGCUAGCAUCGUCCGACUUUAUUACAGUGUUGAAUGGACAUUUACCAAAGAUUUCACCUUCGCGAUGGAGCCGGUCAGCAGUUGGGCUCUAGGCGAAUUCACCACGGUAAUCAUCGUAGCAUGUGCUCCUUCAUUUGCUAGCUUACUGCGACAUUUUGUGCGGAUGGGGAAGGACAGACGGAGUAGAAAGUCGUCCUACCCUUUGUCGGACGGUAGCAAUAGCAAGUUAAAGCACAAUUCAUCCAGGGCUCGUACGGCUAUAGAGGAUAAAACCGACUACGCCCUCGAAGCAUCGCGCAAGCAUACCAACACAAUAUAG